AUGCCGUAGAUGGGUUCUUUUUACUAGACGACUAAAAGAUGGCGAGGGGAACAGUGAUUUGGUUCUCUGUUCUGCUCCUCCACUCGGCCUUCGCUCAGCCGCUCCCUGGUCCUCAAAACUGUGACCAAUGCUCCCAGCAAGACCCCUGCAACUCCUGUAACUCCUGCAACCCAUGUGACCCAUGCGCCGCACCACCUCCGCCUUGUAACCCUUGCGACUCUUGCUCCAACCCUUGUCAAGGUCAAGAUAAUGGAUGUGGUUGUGACUCAUGCGGUUGUGGUGGGUCGGUCGUUCAGGUGACCCCGGGCAAUCCACCCUCAAGGGUCUGCUUUGGACAGGCUCCAGCAGGUUCAGUAAUAGUGAAACCAGGUCAAAUUCAGCUGCCUGCGCCACCGCCCAUUAUGGUUCGUCCAGGUCGAGUUGAAAUGCCAAGCCCCGCGCCCGUGUGGGUUAAACCGGCUCAGGUUCAACCACCACAACCUAGCCCCAUAUGCGUGCGCCCACCGCCAGUGCAAGUUCCCUGCCCACCCCCAAUUUGUGUGAAGCCGCCGCUCGUGUACCCCCCUAGGCCAGCCCCCAUUCUGGUUCGACCACCCAUCAUCAUUCCACCGCGACCACCUGCACUUCGGAUACAACCUGGGCAAGUACAACCUCCUACUCCCCUGCCAAUCGUGGUCCGUCCCCCAAGGAUCUUCGUGCCAUCACCACCUACCAUCGUCUUCCAGCCUGAUCCUCCACAAUGCUUCCGCACUUGCAACUGCGCCGUCGUUGGAACCUACAACCCAUGCCAAGCUCCGUCCCCAUGCAACAACCCCUGCGCUCCACCGCCAUCCCAGUCUCCCUGUGACCCAUGCGGUGCGCCAUCCUCUAUAGACCCAUGCAACACAUGCAACACGUGCAACCCAUGCAAUUAAGCAUGGCGAAUAUUUUUGACUUGAUUUUUAGAUAGUUUGCUCUCUUGUUUAUACAAAAAUAGCCUUAAUAAUUUUCAUCUUUUUUGCAUGAACAGUAUGUAAAGCGUUCUACAAUAUCAAAAUACGGUACAAGCAUCAAAAGACAGUGUACUGGGGCUACUUGGGACUAUAACGGAGUAAAAGAGUUUUGCAUUUUACUAAAGUUGUCACAGCUCUAUUGUGUUAUAAAGAAAAUUCUAAAAUGUCCUUUAUAGUCCUGGAUGGCCUUAAAUAUAUUAUUGCAAUACGCUGUUGCUUAUAUAGUAAACAAUUGAAAAAGACAAUAUUUUUACAUUAUCGAACGUUAAAAGCAAAACAUCUUUGAGAAACAAAACACCUUCAUGUCUCAGUAUAAAAACACUAUCUAAAAAAUCAAGUCGAAUUGAGCAACAACAAAAACAGUGAUAUGGAUUUGAAGUAAAUGUUUUGACAAUACUAAUGUGACAAAGAUAUGGCAAAGUGAUUUCAUGUACCAUAACAGACUGUGCUAAUGUAUGCAGAUGUACGAACCUUCCAAAUAGAACCCUAUAAACGAACUCAGGCCGAUUCUACAAACGAUCCCAGACCUUUUGCACACAACGACUGUGCGCCGUUGUACCUAACAAGACUUCCCAAGCGUCACAGCUGGAAUUUCUGGUCGUCCA